AUGUUAUACGUUACGUCGGUAAAUCGAGCGAUAAAUGUGAUCGAUCGACUUGUCAUCAAACUGACGUCAUUAAUUGCUUCGGAAGCGGUUCAAUCUAUAUCUCUGGUCGGAAAAGCUAUUAAAUUAUGCGUUGAAUAUUACCGAUCAAUUGAGCGUUUAGUUUCUGUUGCACGCUCAGUCAAAGCUCAGAAGAUGGCUCGUCUAAGCUACAUCAUGGCGAUUGUUAGUGUCGCGUUGCUGUGCGUGGUUGCGCAGGAACUUUACACCGAUAAAUUCGACUCCAUCGAUAUCGGAGCACUUCUAGAAAACGACAUGGAACGAGAGAAACAGUACAAGUGUAUGAUGGACGAAGGCCCAUGCGAGACAGAUUCGCAAAAGUUUUUCAAAACGGCUCUACUCGAGGUCCUGAAAGUCGGUUGCGGAAAAUGCACUGAGGUACAAAAAAGUAACGUUAAACUUACUACGGAAUGGUACGAAAAGAAUAAACCGGAAGACUGGAAGCGUCUUGUUGCGAAGGCAAAAGCGUCUUAAUUGUUGAUUGACCACGAGUGAUAGUCACGAGAUACUACACGAUACGCGCUUCAUUAAUCUCUUUGGCAUUCCUUGAAAAAAAAAUGCUGCAAUUAUUACUAUAAUUAAUAGAUAUACUAUAGUAACUAAUGUUAUAGUGGUGAAAGGAUUUUUGUAAAAGAAAUUUGUUACACAGCAUUUUAUAUAUUAUACAUAUAUAUGUAUAUGUACAAAUA